AUGAGUGGACGAAGCCGGAGCCGAAAGGCUUCCCACGCCAAAAGCCGUGGCAAAGGCCGCCCCAAAGGCCGAGUCUGCGCUGGUGGCGAGGAGGCCCCGCGCGAGGCAGACCCUCCGCAACACCAGACUCCGCCGGAGGACGUCCCGACAACCGCACAGGUGCAGACGGGCGCCCGUUGGGACGGUGGGGAAUCGGCCGGGCCCGCAGCCAACCCCCAACUCGCGGAAGUGGCCUCCAGCCCGCUCCCUGCACACUGUGGGUAUGCGCUCCAGGCCCAAGCGGUGGGGGUCCACCGGCUGGCCACCCCCAGGCCCCGCCCCAGGAGGGCCUUGGCCAUCGCUCAGAGGCUGGUCACGGACACUGUGUUCGUGGGAACCGUGGGAACUGUGGCAAGGCGGAAAAAUGCCCCCCGCGGCGGAAGUCGGCGUGGCCCUUCCAUAAAGAAAGCGGCCGAACCGUGUGGCGCUGCAGGGCGGGGGUCUCAGGCCGCAGGUGGUGCGAGACCCAGGAGAGGGCAGGCGGCCAGGGAGGGUGGCACAGUUGCCACCCGUGGCGCCACCGUCUCCGCAGGGGAGGAGAGGAAUGUUCUGGCACCUGGGCCCUCAUCCGGGCCCCCAGCAGGUAGCAUGAAUGCUCUGGAGAGGGUCCAGCAGAAGCUGGAGACCUUGAGCACCCAGGCCGACCGGGCCUACCUUAGGCUUUCACGAAAGUUCGGGCGGUUGCGACUGCAAUUCCUCGAGCGCAGGAAACUCGUGAUCCAGAAUAUUCCUGGCUUCUGGCGGCAGGCUUUGCAGAACCACCCCCAGCUGUCAUCUUUUCUGAACAACCGAGAUAAAGAAGUAAUAAGCUACUUGAGUAGCUUGGAGGUGGAAGAGCUGGGCCUUGCCAGAUUGGGCUACAAAAUCAAGUUCUACUUUGGAUGCAACCCCUAUUUCCAAAAUAAGGUGCUCAUCAAAGAAUACGGUUGUAGUUCUUCGGGUAAGGUGGUGUCUCAUUCUACUGCAAUCCAGUGGCUUGCUGGUCAUGAUCUGCAACCCCUAAGCCCGGGAAAUCCAGAAAACAACCGAAGCCUUUUUGGGUGGUUUUCAAGCCACAGCUCUAUUGAGUCUGACAAGAUUGUCGAGAUAAUCAAUGAGGAACUUUGGCCCAAUCCUCUGCAAUACUACCUUAUGAGUGAAGGGGCCCAAGAAGAGAAAGCAAAGGAGGGUAGGCCAGGUCCGGCGAAGCAGCCAGUGGAGGACCCUAAACCUGGGGCAAACCAGUCCAAGUGAUCCUUCACAAGCUUCUACUACCUCUGGCUAGACGUGUUUCUGGCUGACUACUUGUGUGUGUGUGUGGCAGUCUUGCCUUUUCCUUAGGUUUGCCUCUGUACUGUAGCACCUUUGGACUUUAGCUAUAAGAAUAUGGCGUUUAUAAUCAUCUUUUGCUCUCCAGGGAUUUAUUGCCUUUUUUAAAAACAAGAAUCACAUGUUAUGACAUCUCUUACUGUUCUAAUGUUAAGCAUUUAGCACUCCAGAUGUCUUCUGCCUUUUUCCACCUUGCCUGGACCCUCAUGAGUGAUCUUCCAGGAAGACCAGAACAUUCUCUAGGUCUGCUACUUCACAGUCAGAGACUUGUUGGACUUUGUGUUUAUGCUGGCUAUGCAUGUCAUUAAGAACAAACUGCUCUUUCAGCACAACAAAACCAAGCCAGUGCACAUGGCAUUGACUGUUUUGUGCUUUUCAGGCCCAGUUUUGGCCUGGGAUCUGUUCUGUCUAUGUGCUGGACAUUGCCAACCUUGAGGUCAAGGACAUUGUGUUGUGUGUUCUUUACGACCAUAUGUGUCUUUUUGCCUCUGGACCUGUCUAGGAGUGGACCUGUCUAGGAGAAGCCUGGCCAUGCUUGAUGGACAUUGUCAGGUCUCAGACUUUUGUCUAGACUCUUAACUGUCCUGGUGAACAGGUCCUCAAGAACUCCUUCUGGACUCAGAUGUUGUGCCAGCGCAUGAGACACAGCUAUCUUCCUCAGACCAGCAAUCGGGUGACUGCAAAGACUGAAGGGCAGGCAGUUAUUUGUGGACACAUCCUCAGGCUGUGAUCCAGGUGAGGGUGGGGACUGUGCCCCACCUUUGUCAACUACAAAUUUUUGGGGGGUCAAUUUCUUUUUUUUCUUAAGAAAUGUCAUGAUUGUUCUGGGGUAGGGAUUCUGGGGAAAAGGUAUUUGUCCUCUGUUGGCCUCUAUCUCCUUGACUUCAUUUCCUAUAUCCAUACUACUGACUCUUACCUUCCUCCUGACCUCACUUUUGUGCUCCAUUUCUUGCCACUC